CGGGACAUUCAAAUCCAGUGUAAACAGAGAGAGGGGAGCCUUGUCCGGGGUGUCACCAGAACCGCAGCCAGGGACUCGCAGGGGACACUAUGGCCGGACAGGGGCCUGUAGGAGCGGGCUAUGAGCGCCUGACAGCUGAUGAGAUGGACGAGCAGCGGCAGAAGAAUAUUGCUUAUCAAUACCUGUGCCACCUGGAGGAGGCCAAGCGCUGGAUGGAGUCUUGUCUGAACGAGGAGCUGCCGCCCCCCACCGAGCUGGAAGAGACUCUUCGCAAUGGCGUGGUUCUCGCCAAACUGGGACAUUUUUUUGCUCCCGAGCUCGUGCCGCUCAAGAAAAUCUAUGAUUUCGAUCAGAUGCGCUACAAGGCGACUGGUCUUCAUUUCCGCCAUACAGAUAACAUCAACCACUGGCGUCGAGCCAUGAGUCAAAUCGGGCUGCCUACGAUAUUUCAUCCUGAGACAACUGAUAUCUACGAUAAGAAAAACAUGCCCCGCGUUGUUUACUGUAUUCACGCUCUGAGUUUAUAUUUAUUUAAACUCGGGCUGGCUCCUCAAAUCCAGGAUUUGUACGGAAUAGCAAAAUUCACAGAUGAGGAAAUUAAUAAUAUGAAGUGUGAACUGGACAAGUAUGGGCUUCAGAUGCCGGCAUUUAGCAAGAUCGGAGGGAUUCUGGCUAACGAGCUGUCUGUGGACGAAGCAGCAGUGCACGCAGCGGUCAUUGCAAUUAAUGAAGCCGUGGACAGAGGGGUGGUGGAAGAAACCAUGGUCGCUCUCCGGAACCCCAACGCCAUGCUGGUGAACUUAAAUGAGAAGCUGGCAGCAGUGUACCAGGAGCUCCUGUACCAAGCCAAAUCCAUGAAAGUGGCGAAUGCCCGGAAUAAGCUUCUCCGGAACACUCCAGAUGGUCCGGAUAUAUAUGACCAUUGCCUGACACAGGCUGAAAUUCAGGGCAACAUCAACAAAGUCAAUGUGCACGCUGCCGUGGAGUAUGUAGACGAAGCUUUGGAGAGAAAGGAUUCUCGGAGUCUACUGUCCGCUCUCCAGGAUGGGGCCCUCGCGCUGCGAAGGGUCUUUAGAGAGAACGCAGACUGGUACUUGGAGCAGCUCACCAGUGAUCGAGAACAAAAAGCACUGGAACUGGGAUAUAUGGAUCUGCUGGAAAAAGAGGAAAUCCAAGCCGGAGUUGAUGCAGCCAAUCUGAAUGCAAGCAAGGAACAUGCGAUGGAUCAAGCUGUCGCACGUAUAAACGCUGUUAUCCGUGGUGGGAGUUCCGCUCAGACGAUACAAGAGUUGGCCAACCCAGAUGCACAGCUGCCAGAGGUCCAUCCUUUUGCGGCCAAACUGUAUCAACGGGAGCUGAAAGUUCUCCAAGGGCAGAAGCCUCAGGGAUCCCUGGUACAGGAGGAACUCUAUGUGGCCGUGGAGAUGUUGUCUGCCGUUGCUCUGACCAACAGGGCUAUCGAAGCUGGCGACUUUAAUGGGUUCUGGGCAAGUCUUAUCAGCUCAGCUCUGGGCCUGUCCGAAGUGGAAGAGGAGAGCAUGCAGAGGUACUUUAGCAAACUGUGCAAGCGGAAACGCCAGAAUGAAGGUUUCGAGUUUCUGAGCUGGAAUGAUCUUCAGUCCUGCGUGCACGACACCAACCUGUCCAUAGAAGAAGAACAUGAGAAAAUCCUCGCAGUCAGUCUCAUCAAUGAGGCUCUCGGACAGGGGGAUCCUCAGAAAACCUUCACGGCUUUGCUAAUGCCAGCAGCUGGUCUCACGGACGUCACCCUUCCUAAUGCUUGGCUUUAUCACCAAGUCCUCACCGGUGCUUUAAAGCGCAAGAAGCAGGAAGUUAGAGACGGGUCGGCCGUGCUUUGGCUUGAAGAGAUCCAGCAGGGAGUCUCACUUGCUAACCAAGAAACUGUAAGGAUGCGAAAAAUGGCUCUCGGGAUUGCAGCCAUUAACCAAGCCAUAAAGGAAGGGAAGCCUUCUCAAACUGUCCGCGUCCUCCGUAACCCAGACGCAGCGCUCUGCGGGGUGGUGUCAGACUGCGCUGAAGGUUAUCAGUCCGAACUUGGUGCGGUGAUGAACGCAAAAAGGAAAAAGGGAGAUCUUUCCAAUGUUUGGGUAAAACACAAAGUUAAGGAAUGGGGUGAUUAUUACUUCCACCUGCGGUCCUUUGAGGGCACCUGGGACCGUCCAGCGGGCUUCAGCUCCAACACCACACACCUGUCCCGAGAGGAGAUCCAGACUGUGGUGACCAGGGUGACCAGUGGUUUUAAGCGAGAGAAGCAGUGGGUGGCCAAUACCGACAUGUUGGUGAAGCUACAAGCUCGUAUGAGAGGUUACUUGAUGCGCAAGGCGUUUGCUGCUCACACCCACCUCCUGCGCAGACAACUGCCUGCCGCCACUUUAAUUCAGGCGCACUGGAGGGGUUACAAGCAGCGGAGAGAUUAUCUGCAUCGGCUCAACUACCUGUACAGCAAUAUAGACGCCGUCAUUAAGAUCCAGUCGCAUGUGAGAAUGUGGCUGGCGCGAAAAAAAUAUCGGGAAAGACUUCGGUAUUUCAGGAGAAAUAUUGCAAGCGUAAUUAAGAUCCAGGCUUUCUUCCGAGCCAACAAGGCCAGAGAGGAUUACAAGAUGCUGGUCCAUGCCAAGAACCCGCCACUGAGCACGUUAAGGAAGUUUGCCCACCUCUUGGAGCAGAGUGAGCGUGACUUCUGGGAGGAACGAGAGGUUAUGAAACUGAGAGAGGAAGUAGUGAAGAAAAUCCGAUCCAACCAGAGACUGGAGAACGACCUCAACUUGAUGGACAUCAAAAUCGGGCUGCUGGUGAAAAACCGGAUCACUCUGCAGGAAGUGGUCUCUCAUUGCAAGAAGUUGACUAGAAAGAACAAGGAACAGCUGUCUGACCUCAUGGCCAUCGAUAAGCAGAAGGGGCUAAAGUCCUUGAGUAAAGAGAAGCGACAGAAGCUGGAGACGUAUCAGAAUCUGUUUUACCUGUUACAGACUCAUCCGGAAUACAUGGCCAAGCUGAUAUUCCAGAUGCCACAGAACAAGUCCACCAAGUUCAUGGAGUCGGUAACGUUCACGCUGUAUAACUACGCAUCCAACCGGAGAGAAGCUUAUUUGCUGCUUAAACUUUUCCGUACAGCCUUGCAGGAGGAAAUAAACUUCAAAGUUGACCGCAUCCAAGACAUCCUAACCGGGAACCCCACGGUAAUACGUCUCCUGGUGAGUUUCUAUCGCAGCCCCCGAGGUCAGGGUGCCUUGCGGCAGAUUCUGGGGAACGUGGUGAAGGAGGUGCUCAACGACAAAACUCUGAAUGUUCGGAUAAACCCGGUGGAAAUCUACAAGAGCUGGAUCAACCAAGUGGAGACUCAGACCGGCAAGAAGAGCUCGCUUCCCUAUGAUGUCACUCCAGAGCAGGCUCUCACCUACCCCGAAGUUCAGAGACGCUUAGACAUAUCAAUCCGUAAUCUCAUUGCCGUGACGGACAAGUUCUUCUCCACCAUACUGGCCAAUGUCGACCAAAUCCCUUAUGGAAUGCGUUAUGUUGCUAAAGUUCUGAAAAAUUCUUUAAGUCAGAAGUUCUCGCGUGUCCAAGAGGAGGACAUCCACAAGAUCGUAGGGAACCUGCUUUACUAUCGCUUCAUGAACCCGGCUGUGGUUGCCCCCGAUGCCUUCGAUAUUGUAGACUUGUCUGUUGGUGGAACGCUUCACCCUGAUCAAAGACGGACCCUGGGUUCCAUCGCAAAAGUCCUGCAGCAUGUGGCUUCUAACAAGAUGUUUGAAGAUGCCCACCUUGGCCUUGUUAACCAGUAUCUGGAGGAAGUACAGUGGAAGUUCAGAAAGUUUAUCCGUACAGCCUGUACUGUACCGGAGCCUGAGGACCGCUUUAAUAUAGAUGAAUACUCUGAGAUGGUAAACACCAUUAAACCAGUCAUCUACAUAACUGUUGGGGAGCUCAUUGAUACCCACAAGCUCUUACUGGAACACCAAGAAGCCAUUGCUCCUGACCCCAAGGAUCCCAUCCAUGAGCUCUUGGAGGAUAUAGGAGCGGUGCCUACGGUUCAGUCGCUGAUAGGAGAAACCUCCACCUCUAAUCUUGGCGAUGUUGUCUCGGAACAAGCUUUGUCCCAGCUGAAGAAGCUGGAGAUGUCGCUCACGCUAACCAACAAGUUCGACCUGUUUGCGACCAGUGCGGAGGAGAUGGAUGCUCAUGGUUUAUUACUAAGCACAAAGCACAUGUUGGUAGACAUCAUCCUGUCACAGCCUGGAGAUUCCCUGAUAGAGUUGUUGCAUACGUCGGCUUCUGAGCAGCAGGAAGCAUCACAUUACCAACUGGUACACCAACGCGCUCUACAAGAAGCCAAGACCCCAGAGAAGAUGAAGCGCCACCGGUCCCUCCUGGGGAAUAGCCAAUUGUCAAUGGAAGAGAAAAAGCGUAAAAUUAUUCGAAACCUGCGAAGGCUGGAGUGCUUGGGUUUGGUUUCCUCAGACAACCAUUACCAGGAGAUAAUUAACAUGAUUGCUAAGGAUAUCCGUAACCAAAGGCGAUAUCGGCAGCACCGCAAGGCAGAGCUGGUGAAACUCAGGCAGACGAUGCAGAGACUGCACGGCAAAGCGUCCUUCCACGAGGAACAGAUUGACUUCUACAACCAGUACAUCAAAACCUGUCUGGAUAACCUCGCCAUGAACCACAAGAUGAACGGAAAGAAUAAAAAACAGGUGUCCCUGAACUACACCGCAGCCAGACUGCAGGAGAAAGGGGUCCUCUUGGAAAUUGAAGACCUUCCUUUGAGUCAGUUCAGAAAUGUCAUUUUUGACAUAACCCCGUGUGACGAGCCAGGGAAGUUUCAGGUGAAGACAAAGUUCCUGGGUGUGGAUAUGGAAAAGUUCCAGCUUAAUUAUCAGGACCUUUUGCAGUUGCAGUACGAGGGAGUGGCUGUGAUGAAAAUGUUCGAUAAAGCCAAAGUUAACGUUAACCUCCUCAUUUUCAUGCUGAACAAGAAGUUCUUCCGAACGUAAAAGGACAGAGCUUACCUCUCCGGAACGGUCUCUUAAUGGACUAUAUUCCUGAUGGAAACGAAGCUUCACUAUUUGCAUUGCAUCUUGUGUUCGCUCUGCAUAUGAUUAGUUGUGGACUAAAGUAAAUGUCAUCUGCUGGUAUUUGUCAAGUAGAUGAGCCCCAAACCCUGAAUUACCCUGCCCACAAGCCGUCGCCACCAAAACGUAAGUGCGUUCGGUUUCUGUAGACCUCGUUGAGCUCGGAGAAUAUUUGGACUCCAAGGGGAAAGUUCAAGAUGGUGUCCCCCAGUUUAGUGGUGGAGCGGAGACCUCAAGUUACCGCUUCCAAGAACUAAUUGUCUUCAUCAUGGCAUGACAACCACCGGCGUAGGGCAAUGGAGGCCCGUUGUUCCUGAGUAAUUUGAGGUCCAUACCGCCUU